AAAAAUACAUCUUUAAUAAAAACGGCAGUGUGACGGCGUCUCUUCUCACGAGCUCUGUUGUUAGUUACACUUCCUGUGUGCUCGAGCUCGACACGCAAGCGACGACUUUUACGUCCUUUUGGUUAUUAUAAUGAGGAAGUGUUUAUAGGCGGCAGCGCAGAAGGAUGGCAGAAGAAGGUCGUAGGGUGUGCGUUCACGGUUUGCCAACAGACGUGGAUCACGAACGGCUCCGGGACAAGCUACUGAUUCACUUCCUACGCCAGAGCAACGGAGGAGGAGAGGUCACGUCCGUCAUUAUCAUCGCGCGGACACCUCUGCGUGCCCUCGUCACGUUUGAGGAGAGCGCAGUGGUCCGGAGCGUACUUUGUCAUCAUCCUCACGUUUUACAGCUGGAUGGCAAAAAAUAUGAACUCUCCCUGAGUCUACCAAGACAAGAGUCCCUGAGUCUAAAUAAGGUGAUCCUUGAUAUGACUGUGACUAUAGAUUGCAGUCAGCUUCCUCGCGGUGCAGAGACUCUGAAUGUACUUUGCAGUGAGUUUCCGGGUCUACAUAUGCAGCGUGGCUUAUUACAGGACACGUGCACCUUGCAAGGCAACUACUCUGACUUUCAAGGUGCCUUUCCUUAUAUGCAGACGUUUUUUAAAAAUCACCUUUCAAAAGCGGAAUAUCCUAAUUUUAGUGGAGACAGAGGUCAAAGUCUUGAGAAGAGAGAAGACCUGGAAAAUGUUAAGAAAUGGACUAGCUUUGCAUCCCGGUCUUCAGGAGAUGUCAGCUCUAUAUCCAUGGCAGGUUUAGGAGAUGUGUUCUGCAGCCCGCAAGACAGCAAUGAAGCCCUUACUGAACGCAUUACUCGGACUAAGAAAAGUAAAAUGGAUGAGGGGGCAGAGUGCAGGAUAGAUGAAGCUAAUUUGGAAGAGCUUUCGAUCAUCAUGGAAGCUGAUGUGUUUGCGUAUCUGCAAAGCAUUAAGGAGUACAAGCAGAUACUACAACUUCAUGGAGUGCAAGUGGUUCCAGUUACUUCCGAGGGGGUCACCACUCUGUAUCUACAAUCAGAAGUCCUGAGCGGGUCAGGGGUUAAACAGAAGAUGCGUCAAGCCCAUAAGGAGCUCAGGCAGCUUUAUCAGCAACUAGAAGUUUGUCUGAGAAAAGACCAGAUUAAAAAGGGUGAUCUUUAUAUGCCGGACGAUCUGAAUUCUGCAAUUAAAAAUGUGCAGUUAGUACUGCCUAAUGUUCUACUUAGCUAUGACCAGGACAGCAUUUAUAUAGUUGGAGAGAAAAGCGAGGUGUCUCAGGCCAAACAAAUGCUACUGCUCGGAGGGGAGGAAAACUUGAUGCAGAACUUGACGGAAAUGCCAGCAUCCUCUUCCAGUUCUCCUUCAGCAUCCUUUGAAUCCUUAGAGAGAGAGCAACAGGUUAAGAGAAAAAGCUCAGUACACAAUCCAGUGCCUCCUAAACUGAUUGGCUCUAGCACUGAACGAAAAGGGGAGGUUGGGAAUACCAAAGAAUACAAACUAGCUGCUCGGUUUAAGAGCUCUGGGCUAGGAGAGAUGGGUGGAGACAAAAAAAAUCUUACAACUAAAAUGGACAUGCUAAUGUUAGACCCAACACCACCCAUAAGGUCUUUUCUAGGCACUGCAGGCGUACUCACUAAUGAACUGGCAGGGGAAGGAACUGAAACAUUCAGGAUGACAAGUCCAAGCUGUACAGGGGAGGAUGUCCUGUUUAAAAACCAAGAACCACUAUCUGUGAAUGCAUUUGGUGGAACCACAUUCUACACAUCCAAGGCCAGACCAGGUACUGCCACUGGACUUACUUCAACAUUGAACACAGGAGACAAAAUUUCAGUGAACACAAAUGCGAAUGCCAUAUCAGCCAGUAAUACUGAAGUGAAGACAGCUGCUCCCUCCUCAGCAUCACUCCCCACUUCCAAAUUAACAUUACGAAGAGCCAAUAGUUUCUCAGGUCGGCCACACCCAAAAGAUCAAGUGAAAAAUAACCAAACUACAGCUAAGCCAAUGAUUGGUGCAAAUACUUAUCAAAGAACAAGAUCCAAUAGCCUCAGUGGUGGAAAAACCAAUGAAGACUGUCCAGUUCCUACAGUGGAAGCAGAACUUACAGUGUCUAGUGUAAUGUGGAGCUACAUGAAGGAGGCCUAUGGCAACCAACUAGAUGCCAUAAAAUCAGGCUUAGAAUUGACUGAGAAACAAGCAGGCAAAAGUGAGAUGAGCGUGACACUGAAGGGCACAGAUUCAUCAAAAGUUGGAGAAAGUCAUCGGCAGCUUCAGAAUCUCGUGGCUAUGGUAGCCAGCGAUUUUUGCAUUCAGCAUUUAACUUUGACAGAGCUUGGCGUAGUUGAAAAAGAUAAACUGUUUGAAACCUGCUGCUUGAAUGUGCAGUCACGUUUCCGCAAGGUCAUCCUGCACACCACGAGGAACAACAUUUACUUGUUUGGCCCAAAAUUGCUUUGCUCUCAAGGCAGUGAUAUAUUUAAGGAAGUAUACAUUGGGCAAAAGUCUCAUUCACAGAUGAAGAACUUGCAGGAGGGUGUAGAUCAAGGAUCCAUGUCUUCUAUGAGUAAACGGUCAACAAAAGUGGAUGACUCUAAGUCUAAGCAAAGUCUGAAAGAGUUUUCUUUUCAGGAUUCAAGUCAAGUGAUUAAGUCUAACAGCAGUGGCAAGAGUGAAGCACAAACAACCAAACUGAAAUCGGAUGAAUUAAGCAAGGCAAACUCAAAAAUACAAUUUACUUAUGCCAGAGAAGAUGCAACAAGACAGAAAAAUGAUGGGCCUACGUCUUUACCACUUGAAGCAUUCAAAAAACAAGAUAUCUCAACUGUGAAACAGACCAACCUGCUGUCAUAUUUAACUUCAGAACAAUGCGUGUGUGGAGCAAGUAAUGCAAAUAUGAUACGGACCACCUGUGGUGUCAUCCUUUGUCCUGACUGUCUACAACUGCAUAAAUACUGCAGAUUGUGUGGAAAAGAAGAAAUGAACUCUGAGAAGAAGGCUCUGGAGGAUCCGGUUCAAAGCUGUAGCUCAAAAGAUACACAACAGGAACAUCAGGCUCAAGAGCAGCAUUCAGAACAAGAGGACAGCAAAGAACAUAAGGGCAUCCAAGGCACUAUGACGUGUGUGGAGAUGACUUUCAGUCUUCCAGGCCAUAGCAAACACACAACAGCCAAGAUCACAUACUGCAUACCUGAUGGCAUACAAGGGGAUAAGGAUCCCUGUCCUGGGUCACCAUUCAAGGGUGGUCAAUUUGUGGCUUAUCUGCCACUCAACCCAAAAGGACAUAGUUUACUGCCCUGCCUGGAAAAGGCAUUUAAUCAAGGCCUAACAUUUAUUGUUAGCUCCAGCAGUAAGGCUGGUAGUGAUGCAAAAGUAACCUGGGGAAGGAUCCCCCACAAGACCAAGGUAGACGGAGGAAAGAGUGGUGGAUAUCCAGACUCGACGUACCUUACUCACUUGUGUGAAGCACUGGUGGCUCAUGGGAUUGAAGGAGUACCUGCAAUUAGUCAAGAUCAAGUCAAAUUCUGACCUUGAGUAUAACACAAAUCAUAAAAACCACACAUAAUUAGUAAACUGCAUACUUUUUAUAUAUUUCCUUCCUAGAAAUGUAAAUCAAGCAACAAUGAAUGUCAAUAAUCCUAAAACAUACUAAUUGUAAAAGAAUACUUAAUUUUUGUAUUUAAAUUUUUUUAUGCAGUAUUUCUGUUGUUUGUUGUAAUUUUUUGUACUUUUAUACUCAUUUUAGAGUGCCAUUUUCAUUCUGUAAUCAUGCUUUUUUUUAUCUGCAUCAAUGUAUAGCAUCAGUAAUGCUCAACAUAAUGUUCUGUAUAUUCUGAAUCAGUUGAGUAUGCUUUUAAUUGAACAGUGAUCUUGUUUUAGAUGUUGUGUUUGUUAGUCACUUUGUAAUUAAAUUCAACACUCCAGCAAA